UAGACAACCAGCGGCCGCAAACGGCAUGGGUGAAACCGAGGUGCUUUUUGGACCUCUACAGAGACCUGGGAGUUGGCCCAGAAGACCUCUCAGAGGACUCCGAGCAAAAUUGGGAUGAGGAACGGGAAACAAAGCCACCCAAAGAUUUACAUUAAAAUUAAACAUAAAAAAGUUCCAAAUACUGGUCUUUUAUUUUGAAUGGUUAUUCAAAACGCGCGCUUAAAGCCAACAACACCCGGUCGCACUUAUUCGACGGAGUUAUCGAUCGCCGAUAUUCAUCGCCCAAUAACCCAAAGCGGGACUAUCGCCAUCGCCCGAUCUGGUCACAUUUACCGGCGCAUAUAUAAGUGGAGACACAGCCCCAGACCAGUCACAUGCUUUCCGACGUGCUUCGAGGAAACAUCACCAAGGAGGAAUAUCCGGAAAAACCAUGUAUAUCGUUCCUGCCAACGACCCAGAACACUAAGAACCCGACGAACUCGAACGACGGGACACGAUGAAGCAAGCAGUGCGCAAUUGGCCCUCCCGCAGCGCCGACGCCAAGCAGUGCGCAAUCGGCCCUUCCGCAGCGCCUGCAAAAGACAGUGCAACCUCCUCAUCGCCAGUGCCUCGCAGUGCAAUAGUCAGCCAGCAGUGAUCUACCCGACCCUUCCGCAGCGUGGGUUUCACUCAGCAAGCAGUCCUCCACUUGGCCCCUCCACAGCGCCAGUGCCUCGCAGUACAAUACUCAGCCAGCAGUGAUCUACUCGACCCUUCCGCAGCGUCGGUAUCAGUCAGCAAGCAGUCCUCCAAUCGGCCCUUAAGCAGUGUCGACAUCAACCCACCAAGCAGUACCACACUUGGCCCUCCCAUAGCGCCGAUAUAGUUAUAAUUAGAAACGUGGCCCUAACUAACCGUACUAUUAAA